GAAAGGGAAAGAACCCUAGUAAUCUUGACACGAGUUGGAGUUUAUGAGUGAUACAUGACUAAACUAUUAAUCUUAAAACGUUUCAAUUUAGUCGUUCAGCGAUCGCAAAUCACAAUCGGCGCAUUAACGAACAAGUGAGAGGAUUUUAAAAGAAAAGCAAUGGCAAGUGCAAUUGGUAGCAGAGUUGAAUCUUUUCGAAACUCUCCUUUACUAAGGUUUUCUCUCAACUUCUUGAGAGCCUCUAGCUCUGCUUCCUUUUCUACUUCUUCUGCUGUUUCUUCUGCUCAGAACCCUAAGAAAUCCAAGCGAAGAAAGAAGAAGAACUUGUUUGAAGUUGCUCAGUUCUUACCUAACUGGGGAAUUGGCUACCACAUGGCCAAGUCUCACUGGAAUGAAGUUUCUUACGAAAUCACUAAACUCAAUCUCUACAAGGACGGAAGGCAUGGAAAAGCAUGGGGGAUUGCUCAUAAAAAUGGCUUGCCAAUAGCAGAUGCUCCAAAAAAAAUUAGUGGAGUUCACAAACGCUGUUGGAAGUUCCUACCAGAUGUAGUAAAAGCAUCAGAAAGUUCAACAAACUUAACUAGUCCAACUGAUACUGCCUUGAAAGUUGAAACUGAAGCAAGUUGAUGCUUUGUAAUAACUUUGUUUAAGGUCAUCUGACAGUAGUUCAUGUCUUUUCAAUUGGCCUAAUUGUUUUCAACUAUACUAGAAUUUUUAGUCAAUCUUGCAAUGUUUCUUAUUAAGUUUAUGUUUGUAAUCAAAUGAACUCUUUCUACUAUGAAACGUGCUUUGAGGGAGUAAUCUGGCUGGAUUUGGCUGUUACUAUAUUUGUGUUUCUCUUUAAGCUAUUAUAUCCAACAGGUUAGCUGUUAA